CCGUCGUUAUGUCAGUGUGACAUAUGCCGCCGACGAAGACGCACGUGCGUUCCGAUAAAUAAAAUAAUCUGGCGCGAACAUAUUUCAAUCGAACGACAAUUUUUCACGAGUCUUUAAGUGAAAGUUACAUUGCGCGCCAAGUUUUGUGAUGACAGAAACAUUUAAAUACGUAAUAAGAAUUGUAGUAGUGACAUUAUUGUAUUAUACACUGAUAUGCGUGUUCAAAGAAAUCAAGCGUUACUUGCCUGGAUUUGAAGCGUCGACUACACAUUGAUAUUGGAUUACAACUGUAUUUCCGUGUCCAGAUAAUUGAUACAAAAUGGCGGACGACAUAAUGAAUUUCACAGACGAAAUGAGCGCAACUGUUGAACCUAGUGAAUUGUCAAAGUUUUCACCAGGUCUCCUGACCUUUGCAGCCGUGGUGACUGGUAUCAUAAUGUUGGUCGGCCUGUUUGGUAACCUCCUUACAGUUGUCGCUCUGCUCAAGUGCCCUAAAGUCAGAAAUGUUGCCGCGGCCUUUAUCAUCAGUCUGUGCAUCGCCGACUUCCUGUUCUGCGCGAUAGUGCUGCCUUUCGCCAUAUCUGGGUUCUGGACGAGGACCUGGUCCCAUGGGGGUGCCUUGUGCAAGCUGGUCCCGUUCCUUAGGUACGGGAACGUCGGCGUAUCUCUCUUGAGUAUCGCCCUCAUAACCUUGAACAGGUACAUAAUGAUAGCCCACCACAGCUGGUACUCGCGCGUGUAUCGGAAACACAACAUAGCAAUUAUGAUCGUGUUCUCGUGGAUGUUCUCGUACGGCAUGCAGAUACCCACGCUUGUUGGAGUAUGGGGUAAAUUCGACUAUGAUCCAGAGUUGGGCACUUGCUCAAUCAUGCCAGACGACAACGGACGCUCAGCCAAGACUGCUCUAUUCGUGAUAGCAUUUAUCGUACCAGCUCUACUUAUCUUCAUAUGCUACGCAAGGAUCUUCUGGGUUGUACACAGCUCAGAACAAAGAAUGAGGGAACACCAGAGGUCUCAACACGCCAGUCCCGGAUCUCUUAACAACAGCACCGACAAGAGAUCCACAAUCAAGGAUAAUAGGGAAACGAAGGCUCGACGUAACGAGUGGAGAAUCACUAAGAUGGUGUUGGCUAUAUUUUUAUCUUUCCUCGUUUGCUACUUGCCUAUCACUAUCGCGAAGGUGGCUGAUAAUCAUGUACAUUACCCUGUAUUCCACAUCGCGGGCUACCUGCUCUUGUACGCGAGCGCAUGCGUAAACCCGAUCAUCUACGUGAUAAUGAACGCCCAGUACCGCGCGGCUUACGCUGCGGCGCUGUGCUGCCCCCUAGCGCGGCUGUCAGGCCUCACCAGCGAAAUGGAACGAGCGUCACGGGUACAGCUACAACAACACGCAAACGGCGCUCAGCCAAGUGUCACUGGGGGAGUCGAGAGUCGACCCUCGGGGCAGCACGGCACCGGCCGGCCCUGGCGGAAGAUAAACCCCAGACCCUCCGAAUCUCACAGCGCUGGGCCCACUCAGGUCAUGGGGCCAGCCACCGAGACUGUGAGCUUUGGACCUAAAGUAGGAAAAAGAACUCAGCAUAAAAUUGGAUCACAGCAUAGUAUUGACAAAAAAAUUGAGAAACCUCAUAUAACUGGAUCGCAAAUAAGCAUCGGAUCAAAAUCGACAGGACCGUCUAAAAGACCGUUGAUGACUGGCUCCCAGAACAGUCUAGGGCCGAAAAUCACCAGGUUUCAGAUUGACGAAUUGCGAAGUGAUAGACAAACUAAUGUAUAGCGACUUGUCGCUCAUUGAUAUGACGUACCAAAGAUAUUGUAAGACUUAUACCAAAUAUUUUAUUGCAUUUUAAAUGUAUUUUUAAUUAACAUGUACACUAGAAUACCGUGUAAGUUAUUGCAAGACAUUAAUUUCAAGUACUUGUUAUAUUUAAGCUCUGUAUUUUCACGAUUACUAAAUAAGUAUGUCUACCAUAAUAGUAUUAAAAAUUUCAGAGGAAAAUGCUCUCUUUUUACGUUAGAUGCUUAUUUAUAAUCUCAUCCAAUAUCCGUCCUAUAAUGAGCGACAAGUUAGCAAUUAUUGUCAUAAUGUAAUGUAAAUAAGUUGUCUAGGAUAUAAGUAUUAUUUACGAGAUAGGAUUUCUGUCGUCUUCCAAAAUACUCCUCUGAUGUCAUAAUGUACGAUUAUAAUGCUGAGGGGUUGUGUGCUAUUGACAUUGUUUAUAUCCAUACAUUCCGUUAUUUAUGUAAGACUAUUAUUAACUUUACACUACAACGUGUUACCUAUUACGAAUUACCUAAUAGUACCUACUGCUAAUGUUGUUAUAAUUUAGCAUUAAAAAACGACAUUCCACGGUGUAUCGCGGCCAAAGAUGUAUAAAGUUUUAAAUUAAAAUAUGUUUUAAACCACGACCAAUACAACUAUAAAUUACAAUAUUUUUAGUAAUAAACAGUAUUUUGUAUUUUUUAAGAUGAACAAUUGUGUAGUUUCAAGAAAUUUACCAUUAUGCCA